AUGAGCUUCAAUCCAUACACACAAAAUGGGGGGUAAGCUUAAGUCCCUUUCACGGCUCUAUCAAAUCCACAUAGUACAACUCUCGGGAUCGCAGGUGCCGACUAUGCCCUGGUUGCAUCGGAUACUCGCUUAACCGAUGAGAACGCUGGUCUACUAUUUUCCCGGGAUUCCCCUCAUAUUUAUGACAUGUAUGUGAUGGUUUUCGUGAACUCCAAAAUUCAGAACGCCAACAAUUCGAAUAUGCCUUACAGGCUUUCAUGGAGAUAUACUUACCUUUAUUAAGUUACUCGAGACGCGUGUUAAGGCACGUUUUCCUGUUUAUGACCCUUUUGUAGGAGUUCAAGUAUCAUCAUAAGAAAGAUAUAUCCCUCACGGCGAUGGCGAAUCUCAUUUCCGUUUCUCUGUACUCACGCCGAUUUUUUCCAUUCUAUGUGGGAACCCUCCUAGCCGGACUUGAUGAAAAUGGCGAAGGCGCCGUUUUUUCAUAUGAUCCCGUGGGCUCUUAUCAGCGUGAGCAUUACCGCGCAUCCGGCACUGGGAGUGCUAUCUUGCAACCUUUCAUGGAUAGUCAGGUGAGUAUUCUUCAUUCUUGUGAAUGUUUCCUAGAUUCUAGGGAAGGAUCUUGUAAGCAAGCCCAUAAAACUCUCAAAGGAGGCAGCAAUUAAUCUUGCUAAGGACAUCUUCAUCAGCGCGGCAGAAAGGGACAUAUACUGUGGCGACGCCGUCGUCGUGGACGUUAUAACCCAAAAAGGUGUCGAGCGGCUAAGCUUCCCGCUUAGACGCGACUGA